AUGUCGCAGAGGGAUGUGCCAUUUCAGGAGACUAUCAGUCACUUAAGGUUGCGGGCUAAGAUCUAUCCCAAGGACAUUCCGCUUGAAGAAUCCAUGUUGGUGCCAUUGCGACUCAGCCAAGUUUGCAGGUUAUGGAACGACCUUGUCAUAUCAUGUCCGUCCCUUUGGACCGACAUUACCGUUCUCAUAUACAAACUCGAUAGCACACGAAGAGAUAAAUGGUUAUCAAGUACAGUCGAUACCUGGAUCGAGAGAUCGAGGUUAUCUCCUCUUCGUCUUAGGUUUGAGUGCGAUACGUCCUGCUUGACUACUCGGGGAUAUCCGUACGACGAGCCUAAUGAUGACGCUUCCGACGUUCAAGGCCCGAAGUUGGAGAUUGCGGCGCUUAUACUGAAGAAUUUACUAGAUCAUCACCACCGGUGGAGAGACGCUUUCUUUACAUUCAUUGGGCCCGAUCCUGGGAUGCUACCGCAACUUGGCCUUGUUGACGCCCCACUCCUAGAAUCGCUCUCCAUUUGCUGGGGCGGGUUCACCCAAUACUAUGACAUGACGCAACUAGACCUUGACAUUUCGAAUUCUCCGAGACUGAGCAACCUACACCUUACAUGCAUUCCUCGCAUUAUAACUGGGCGCGUUUCAAAUCUGAGGAAGUUGAACCUGAACAGUCGGCAGACGUUCACUGACAUAGACACAGGCAGAGGCAAACAGAAAUCGGUUCUCCUAGAAAUAUUCCGAGACAUGCCAAACUUGGAAGUUCUUGACAUUGGUGUCCUCAACUGCGUAGCUGGCUCUGAGGUGUCUAAUCCACAGAGCUCCCGCGUCACUCUGCCCAAAUUACACACGCUCGUAGUUGAGAAUGAUGAUUCUACUAUCUUCAUCAUCAGCCAGUUGAUCCUACCGGGGCUGAGACGCUUGACUUGUAAGCAUUUUCCAGACGAUGUCGACGUGCUUUUGGAUAUGUUUGUACGGUCCCAGGCGUCCCUGGAGUAUUUCGAAAUUCGCUGGACCAUGAUGAUUGAAGGCAGAUUCGGCCCUUUGCUGCGGCUCACGCCAAGUUUGAAAACGCUUUGUAUGAAGCAUUUCCUCUGGCCCGUCCGAUGUUGA